UUGGCUGUAUGUGUGCGCGGAGGUUUUGUCGUCAACAGACUCAUUAAACUACCCACUUCUCGGUACAUAGAAACCCUGCUCCACUUUGUCAAACAACCAGUCCGCUGCUCAAAGCAACCAGUAGGCAGGAUGAAGGUGAGAUGGACCAUGCUGGGCAUGGUUGUCUUCUUCCUGCUCUCAUUGGUCAUGACCUUUUGUUUCAUAUGGCAGUAUAGGAUGCCAAAGCUGAAGACAGAAGUGGUUGUAGAACAAGCCAUAGAAGAAGAGAUGUGCCCUCUCUUCCCGGAGCCUGUGCCCCUCAGACACCCCAUCCCAUCGCUGAGGGAGGCCUUAGAAAAGAUAGAUCUACUCCUGAGGGCCAGCGUUCACCCCACCAAGUUGCCAGCUAUUUCAGCCAUCGUGGUUUUAAAUGACUCUGUUCUGUGGAAUGGAAACUUUGGUCAGACGAACAGAAGUGAUCCCUCCUCUCCUGCACCCAAUGAGUUCACCGUGUACAGAAUAGCGAGCCUCUCUAAGAUCUUCCCCACACUGAUGCUGUACAAGCUGUGGGAGGACGGCCUGGUGGGCUCUCUGGACGACCCAGUGGAGAAGUAUGCUCAAAACUUCAGCAUCAAGGACCCUCUGUGGAGUGGUGGGGGGCCAGCGUCAACCUCAGUUAGGACCCUUGGCAUCAACUCUCCUGCACUCACCCUGCGCAGGAUGGCCAGUCAGCUCUCUG